UCCUUAUUUUCAUUUAAAAAUCCAAACCCUUCCUCCCUCGCGUUCCCUCCCAACUGCUCUUCAAUUUCCAAACCGCCAACAACCGAUCAACCGUACAGAAAAAGUAUGAAUUACGAGCAGCGCCUCAUUGCAGCAGCUACUCUUAUAGUCGACGCCGACGCACGCGCCCACGACGCCCCCAUAAACGCUACAGAAAUUGGAGUUACAGCGACGCUGAAACCUCAUCAAGUGGAAGGUGUCUCAUGGCUUAUACGGCGAUAUCUUCUCGGCGUCAAUGUUAUUCUCGGAGAUGAGAUGGGAUUGGGGAAAACACUGCAAGCUAUCUCCUUUUUAAGUUACUUGAAAAUUCAUCAGAUGUCACCUGGACCAUUUUUGGUAUUGUGUCCUCUAAGUGUUACAGAUGGUUGGGUUUCAGAGAUGGCCAAAUUCACUCCAAAACUAAAGGUCCUCAGGUAUGUAGGUGACAAAGAACACCGGCGUAGUCUACGCAAGACAUUGUAUGAACAUGUAAAGGAGCAUCCCUCAUCAACUGAUGGUUCCUUGUUGCCUUUUGAUGUGCUCUUGACAACCUAUGACGUAGCAUUGAUGGAUCAAGAUUUUCUUUCUCAAAUUCCUUGGCAUUAUGCAAUAAUCGAUGAAGCUCAGAGACUUAAAAAUCCUUCCAGUGUGCUAUAUAACAUUCUCAAAGAGUGCUUCCUCAUGCCAAGACGCCUAUUGAUGACUGGCACUCCUAUACAGAAUAAUCUCACUGAACUCUGGGCUUUGAUGCAUUUUUGCAUGCCUUCAGUGUUUGGGACACAUGAGCAGUUCCUUUCCACAUUCAAAGAAGCUGGAGAUCCUACAUCAGAUCUUGAUGCAGCUGAGGUCAAGAGGCAGUUGAAGAAUUUAAAAUGCAUAAUGACAGCCUUCAUGCUUCGAAGAACAAAAUCUAAGCUUAUAGAGUGUGGAAACCUUGUGCUGCCACCCCUUACCGAGAUUACCGUGAUGGCUCCACUUGUCAGCCUGCAAAAGAGGGUUUACGCAUCAAUAUUGAGAAAGGAACUUCCAAAACUACUGGCAUUGUCAUCUGCAGCUUCUAAUAAUCAAUCUCUUCAGAAUAUUGUAAUACAACUACGAAAAGCAUGUAGCCAUCCUUACCUAUUUCCUGGUAUUGAGCCUGAGCCUUUUGAAGAGGGUGAACACCUAGUUCAGGCUAGUGGAAAGCUUUUAAUUUUGGAUCAGCUGCUUCAAAAGCUUCAUGAUUCUGGACAUCGUGUCCUUCUCUUUGCUCAGAUGACUCAUACACUUGACAUUUUACAGGAUUUUUUGGAGUUACGGAAGUAUUCCUAUGAGCGUCUUGAUGGUUCAGUUCGAGCUGAGGAACGUUUUGCUGCCAUAAGAAGUUUUAGUGGGCAAUUAGGGAAGUUGAAUUCUGAAUUUGACAAGAAUACUGCCUUUGUUUUUAUGAUAUCUACAAGAGCUGGGGGAGUUGGCUUAAAUCUUGUGGCUGCUGAUACGGUUAUAUUCUACGAGCAAGAUUGGAAUCCCCAGGUUGACAAGCAGGCUUUGCAGCGGGCUCACCGGAUUGGUCAAAUAAAUCAUGUAUUGUCCAUAAACUUGGUUACAAUGUGUACUGUAGAAGAGGUUGUUAUGCGGAGAGCAGAGAGGAAAUUGCAGCUUAGUCAUAAUGUUGUAGGAGAUGAUAUUGUGCAACAGAAAGGAAAAGAAACAGCAGGAGUUGAAACCAUGGAUUUGAAAUCUAUCAUAUUUGGGUUACAUAUGUUUGAUCCUUCUGAGAUCAGUACUGGAAAGUCAGAUGAACUGAACAUGCCAGAAUUGAAUGCUAUGACAGCGAAAGUAAUUGCAAUGCGUGAUGAUCAGAGAUUAGGAGAGAUAGAUAGGAAAUAUGUGGUUAAUCGAAUUGAUCAAAUUGAUGCUGUCAUUGGGGGAAAUUCUGCUUUUGCUAAUUAUGAUCACGGUCUUGAUGAGGCCUCGUAUCAAUCAUGGGUUAGAAAAUUUGAGGAAGCAUCACAAUCAAGUGGCAACCCAGUCUUGGAUUUGGGACAUAGAAGGAACUUGCCCGAGGAUAAGCAUCUUAAACUUGAGGCUGCAAGGAAGAAAGCUGAGGAGAAAAAGUUGUCUAAGUGGGAAUCCCUUGGAUACCAUUCAUUGUCUGUUAAAGAUCCUGGCCCAGCUUUGGAUGGUGAUGUAUUGUCAGAUUCAGGUUCUCUUCAUUUUGUUGUCGGAGAUUGUACAGAUCCAGCAAAAGUUUGCCCAUCUGAGCCCACUAUAAUAUUCAGUUGUGUAGAUAACUCUGGAAAUUGGGGCCAUGGAGGAAUGUUUGAUGCGCUGGCCAAGCUGUCUUCAAGUAUCCCUGAUGCAUAUCAACGGGCAUCUGAAUUUGGGGACCUUCAUCUUGGUGAUCUCCAUCUUAUAAGAAUUAAUGGGGACACUGACAGACAGUGCUUGGAAGAUGAUUCUCCUCAGUGGGUGGCUUUGGCUGUUGUGCAAUCAUAUAAUCCUAGGCGUAAAGUGCCCCGCAGCAAUAUCUCAAUUCUUGACUUGGAGCGUUGCCUAAAUAAGGUUUCAUUUGCUGCGGCUCAGAAUUCUGCUUCAAUUCACAUGCCUCGAAUUGGGUAUCAAGAUGAAUCAGAUCGAUCACAGUGGUACACAGUGGAACGUCUUCUACGAAAAUAUGCUUCUAUUUAUAGCAUAAAGAUCUAUGUGUAUUAUUAUCGACGAUCAUCUUGAAGCUUGGGAUGUAACUGUGUUUCUGAGGUCCUUGACAUUUGUAGUCGACUCAUGGAACUAGGUUAGAGUUGUAUCUAUAUGUUACGUAUCAUUACAUGUGUGAGAUAUCUCCAUGUUCAGUUAAAUUAUACCAUUGCUUGCUCUUAGCCAUUUUAUUCAACUAUUAGAAGUUCGUAAAUCAUUAAAGCAUGCAUGUUCCAAGUA